CGUAGAUCGCCAUUUCCAUUUCGAGAAGUUUCCGAACGAGAAGGGGCAGAUACGUAGUAGAUAUGAGUGCCGCGGACGUUGACAUGGAGAGCUCCUCGAAUAGCGGCGGCAUCGACGAGAGCUUGUACAGCCGUCAGUUGUAUGUGAUGGGUCACGAGGCACAACGCCGCAUGGGCGAAUCCAACGUCCUCAUCGUCAACGUGGAUGGAUUGGGCGUUGAAAUCGCCAAGAACAUUGUGCUUGCAGGAGUGCGCAGCGUGACGCUAUUGGACGACGCCCCCGCCACCUUUUUGGACUUAUCGGCCCAAUUCUAUCUCACCGAGCAAGAUGUUGCAACGCAAACGGGGCGCGCGGAAGCGACAUGGCGAAAAUUGGCCGAAUUGAACCCAUACGUGCAAGUAAAGCAACACACGGGCAAACUCACCGCCGACUUCAUCGCUCAGUUCCGAGUUGUGGUUAUCUGCAACGCCACCAGGGAAUAUGCGAUUGAAAUCAAUGACAUCUGUCACGCCUUGGAUGUCGCGUUCGUCUACACGGAAUCCCGCGGGGUGUUUGGGUCGGUGUUUUGCGAUUUCGGGGAGGCGUUUGUCGUGUCGGACAAGGACGGCGAACAACCGAUCACGUGCAUGAUCGCGUCCAUUACGACUGACGUGCCUGGCAAAUUGCUCGUGACCGUCACGGACGACUCGCGCCAUCAACUGGAAACCGGAGAUUUCGUGACGUUUCGCGAACUUCAAGGGGUGGACGGUUUGAACGGAGUCGCGCCGCUGCCCAUUACGGUCACCGGUCCCUACACAUUUACCAUUGACCACCCGUCGAUUGCCGUCAACUCCAUGGGUGGCUACGUCACGCAGGUCAAGCAACCGGUGGUGCUGCAAUUCAAGCCGUUGAAGGAGUCGUUGGUGUCCCCCGGUGAGUUCCUCACGAGCGACUUUGCCAAGUUUGGUCGGUCCGAACUGCUGCAUGUGGCAUUCCAAGGCUUGGAUGCAUUCCAAAUCGUACAUGGGCAUUUGCCACGCUCUGGCAACGCCGAAGACGCCGACGACAUUGUGCGCUUGACCAAGCCGUUUGCCCACGAACUCAAGGUGGACGUGGACGCCAACGUUGUGACGGCCCUGGCGACGGGCGCGCGGGGGGUGGUCGCCCCCAUCACGUCGUUCUUGGGCGGCAUUGUGGGCCAGGAAGCGCUCAAAGCGUGCAGUGGCAAGUUUACGCCGAUCCACCAGUGGUUCUACUUUGAUGCGAUCGAGUGUUUGCCCGACGAGGUGUUGCCCGAGGCCGAAUAUCAACCGCUCAACUCCCGCGACGACGGCCAAGUGGCCGUGUGGGGCCGGUCGUUCCAAGAAAAGCUCAAGCAACUUCGCCUGUUUCUCGUCGGCGCCGGCGCCAUCGGGUGCGAAAUGCUUAAGAAUUGGGCGCUCAUGGGCAUCGCGUCCCACGCCCACGGCCGUAUCCACCUCACCGACAUGGAUCUGAUUGAAAAGUCCAACUUGAACCGCCAGUUCCUGUUUCGCUCCACGGACGUGGGCCAGGCCAAGUCGUCCACGGCGGCCACAGCCAUCCAAUCGAUCAACCCCCAUGUCAACAUCCAAGCGUACGUGACACGCGUCGGCGCCGACAGCGAAACCACGUUUGACGAUGCGUUCUACGAUUCGCUCUCGGGCGUGUGCACCGCCUUGGACAACGUCGAUGCCCGGCUGUACAUGGACCAACGCUGUCUGUUUUACGGGCUGCCCAUGCUUGAGUCGGGUACGUUAGGCACCAAGGGCAACACGCAGGUGGUGGUCCCCAACGUGACGGAGAACUACGGCGCGUCGCGCGACCCCCCCGAGAAAAGCAUCCCCAUUUGCACGCUCAAGAACUUCCCGAAUGCGAUCGAACACACGCUGCAGUGGGCCCGCGACUGGUUUGAAGGCGUGUACUUCCAGACCCCCAACGACGUGAAUGCGUACAUCACGACGCCGAAUUUCAUCGCGAAGAACGUGCACACGGACUCGGUCGAGCGCGUGUACGAGUCGCUGGUGGCGGACAAACCCGCGUCGUUCCACGAGUGCAUUGCGUGGGCGCGGCUCCAGUUUGAAGCUAUGUUUUCCAAUUCGCUCAAGCAGUUGCUGCACAACUUUCCGCUUGACCAAGUCACGACCACGGGCACGCCGUUCUGGUCGGGCCCGAAGCGCCCGCCGACGCCGCUGACGUUUUCCACAGACGACACGGUGCACAUGGACUUUGUCGUGUCGGUCGCCAACAGUCGCGCGCGGACGUACGGCAUCGUAGGCCACCGCAAUCGCGCCGAGUUUGUCGCGGCGCUCGAAACGAUCCACGUGCCCCGCUUUGUGCCGCGCGACGGCGUGAAAAUCGCCGCCAACGACGAAGAAAUGAAGCAAGCCGCCCAAGGUCAGUCCAACACGGUCAUCGCGGGGGCCCCCCCGCCGCCUCUCCCGUCGCCGGCCGAGCUGGGCGAUUACCGCAUGUUUCCCAUUGAGUUUGACAAGGACGACGACAGCCACAUGGAAGUGAUUGUGGCCACGUCCAACUUGCGUGCUCGAUCGUACAAAAUCCAAGAAGCUGAUUUGCAUGCGUCGCGCUUCAUUGCAGGCAAGAUCAUUCCUGCCAUCGCCACCACUACGGCGUUGGUGACUGGGUACGCGAUCGUUCUUUUUGCCAGUAUCAUGUUGAAUGGAUAGGAAUGACAUGUGGUUUUGACUAUGUUUUGUGCGUAGGUUGGUGUGCUUGGAAUUGGUCAAGUAUUUCCAACACAAGCCGUUGGAAGCGUUCAAGAACGGGUUUGUCAACUUGGCGCUGCCGCUGUUUGCGUUUUCCGAGCCCAUUGCGCCGAAAGUGACGACGUCGAUGCUCAACGACGAGCCGUACAAGUGGACUGCGUGGGACCGACUGGAAAUGAACGUGGGCGACGUCACGUUGCAAGAGUUUUUGAAGCAUUUCGAAUCCAAGUACGGCGCCGAAGUGUCGAUGCUGUCGUAUGGCGUCACGAUUCUGUACGCCAUGUACUCGGCCAAGUCAAGAUCCAAGGAGCGCAUGGGCAUGAAGCUGUCGGAGCUCGUGACUACGAUCACCAAGGCCGACCUCCCGCCCAAGCAAAAGUACCUCAUCUUGGAAGUGUGUGCCGCGGACGCCGAAGGAGAAGACCUGGAACUGCCCUACAUUCGGUACCAGUACCGCCAGUAGGAUAUGUAUCCGCAGGCUGGCGGGGUACAUUAUUAACCUUGAUAUUAAUAACGUUGAUUUACAGUUAACGAACUUAUUGAUAACGUUAACGUUAACGUUACCACGAAGAAUAAAAACAUGUUUGGA